GGCAAUUAAGCAAUAUAACGAUAAGGAUUGGAUGUUUCCGUGGUUCCCGUUUGUUUUUCCUCAGGCUAGCAGGAGUAAUCGAAGGACGCGAGAACAAAUUCCUGUUGGGGCGUUUAUUGAAGUCCGUGUAGUUUCUAGUCCAGGAUCUAUUGGGAGCAGCGAAUCCAGCUUUAAAGCAUCAGAAACUAGCGAAUCUUCACGGUUACAAAUUUGUUAUAAAAUGAGGUCUGCAGAAGAUGUCAGAACAAAACCAAACGAAACAAUUUUGAUGCCAAAUUCAAAUUCACAUUCGACAGAAUUAAUAGAUAGCAGAAAGGCGUGUUCUUCUACAAUUCCCAGGAAAAAACCUGUAGAUAAUCUCAAUGCUCAGUUUUUUUGUGAAAAAUCAACGCGGCAAGAUGACUUAAAAAAGAAUAAUAUUUUUGAAAGACAAUCAUCUCUUAAUGAUGAAAAUAAGCAAGAAACUACAAAUGAUGAAAAUAAAGAAUCCUCCAAGAAAGUAGGCGGUUAUACAAGGCCAAAAACAACAAUCAAAAUAAUUCAUCCACCCGGAGGAAAAUCUUCUUUAUUUUGGUAA